CGCUCGUCAAAUAAACAUAAAAGUUUUUAUUGUAUCCGACACGUUCUAGAGGAACGAAGCAAAAUGUUUUUAAUCCAAAGAUAAAAAUGAAAUUCGAAAUUGAAACUUCUAAAAUAAUUUUAAUUAUAUUUGCUUUCGAUUUGGUUACAAGUCUUCAUGUUGUUGAAGUGGAUGAUUCGUUAGAUAGAGAGGUUGAUGUAAAAUAUAAUAGUGAUGUUGAUUAUGGAAAAGAAAAGAAUGAAGAAGAUGAGAUUAAAGUUUAUUUGGAAGAAAAGUAUAGAUUCAAGAAUGAUAAUUCGUCUACUAGAUUUAGAAUAACGUUCGAUGAAAGAAUGGAUCCGGGUAAUGUAUUCCCAGAAUCAAACAACGAGCAUCUAGCAUGGGCAUUCCGAGCAUAUGCCGUGCGGCGCAUCGUGGGCGGCAUGGAGACGAGCAUAUGCAUGUAUCCUUACAAUGUGGCUAUAUCUAGGAAUGGCAAGCAUUGGUGCGGAGGGUCUAUCAUCGAUGAGCAGUGGGUGUUAACAGCUGGACAUUGUAUGGAAUCAGCAUUUGAUAUUGAUAGUGAUAAGAAGAAGCUGCAACCCUUCAUCAUCAGGGCAGGCAGUUCGUUCCACAAUCGAGGUGGUUACCAGGCCAGAGUCAAUAAGGCAUUCUUUCCAAAGGACUAUUCACCAGGCAAUGCAGACUACGAUUUCGCCCUGCUUCGCUUGGACCGUCCGAUGCCGAUCGGCAGGAAUAUUGCAGUUCUGAAUCUACCCUCAAGAGACUAUGUUGUUAAAUCGAGUGAUCUGCUUAUAGUCACUGGCUGGGGAAGCACUGAUGAAUCAGGUUUCGGCCACAUCCCGGAUCGUAUCCGUUUCGUGCCCGUCCCGGUGAUGCAACUCGACCAAUGUCAGAAGGCCUACAGAUUCUAUAUUACUAAGAGAAUGCUCUGCGCCGGGUAUGCGACAGGCGGAAAAGAUGCUUGUAACCACGACUCCGGCGGGCCAGCUGUGCGUGAUGGAGUCCUCUUGGGGAUCGUUUCGUUUGGCGGCAAACAGUGUGGUGACCCACGGUCGCCAGGAGUCUACAGCCGUGUAACAGAAAUAACCGAGUGGGUGGAAGAAACAGUAACAGCCAAUGAGGCUCACACCGUGCCAGAACUGAAGGCUAAGAUCGAAAAAGCGCGGCAAAGGGAACGGGAGUUGCAGAAAUUCAAAGCCCGCGUGGAAGACAAGAAAAACAAAAUCAAGAGUUGGCUGCGAGAAACCCUGCAGUCUCCCACCUUUUUAGAACUAGCCAAAAAGAAGCUUCGAGAAGCCGGCUUCAACAUACGAAAGAACUACCGCAGGGCGGACAUAGAACCAGAUUCUAUUAUGGAUGAUAAAACUAUGGAUGAAGUUAAUUUAUCUAAUCUAAUUAAUGACAGAAUUCUAGAAACGGAUGAAGAGAAUGAAGCUGAGGUUUUGUUGCGCACUUUGGCUAUGAAAGAGGUUAUGUUUGAUGAAGGUAGUGUGUUUGAAAAUAGAGAAAAGAGUUCGAGUAUGGAUAGCGAUGAAGCGAUAGAAGCUCUGAUUGCUUAUAUUAGUAAAUAAAGGAACUAUUCUUCAUGAGCAUAUUAUACAAUGAUUAUAUUUAAACGAUGUUGUAAAGCGUGUAUGUUUAUGUAUAGGUAGUUACAACUUUUUAUCUAUUUAAAAAAAAAAAUAAAAGUAUUAAACAAUAUGUUAACAAUUAACAUAGACCACUUUCAUACUUAUUUAAUGACUGCAUCUUAUAUUAUUACCUAAAGGUAUUAGUAGUUGCAUACUGUAAAAUAAGAAUUUAAUUAUUUUAAAUUAUUUUAUUUUUGUUAAAUUUUCAUUUGUAACACAUUUCUUUGAUUAUAGUAUUAUUA